AGCUCCUGGCAGACUCGGUCAGCAACCUGUUGCCCCAUCAAGGUUGGAAAUGGCAGUUUCCCCCAACCCGUUCCUCUUGGCUUGUCUGCUCACCCUCCUGGUCCUGCAGCUACCUACUCUGGAUUCAGCUCCCUUGGAUGCGAUCGCACCUCAAGAGCCAGUGCUGGCCUUAGUGGGCUCAGAUGUUGAGCUGACCUGUCGCUUCUCCACAAACGCGAGCGCGGAGCACAUGGAGGAGCUGCGGUGGUUUCGACAGACUAGGUCGCCAGCGGUGCUUCUUUACCGGGCUGGCCAGGAGCAGAAAGGCCAGCAGAUGACCGAGUACCGCGGGAGAGCGUCAUUGGUGACCGACGGACUCCCAGGUGGUCAUGUUACUCUGCGGAUCCGAGGUGUCAGGAUCUCUGACCAGGGCGAGUACCGGUGCUCUUUCAAAGAUAACGACAACUCCGAGGAGGCCGCUACGCAUCUCAAAGUGGCUGCUCUGGGCUCUGAUCCUCACAUCAGUAUGGAAGUUAAAGAGAAUGGACAGAUCCAACUGGAAUGCACUUCUUCGGGCUGGUUCCCAGAGCCGGAAGUGCAGUGGAGAACUCCCUCAGGGGACAGACUUCCAUUCACUGCAGAGUCCAAGAAUCAUGAUGAGGAAGGCCUGUUCACUGUGGCAGCCUCAGUGAUCAUCACAGACAGCUCCAUAAAGAAUGUGUCCUGCUGCAUCCAGAAUCUCCUCCUUGGCCAGGAGAAGGAAUUAGAGAUCUCUAUACCAGCUCCCUUUACUCCAAGACUGACUCCUUGGAUCGUAGCUGUGGCUAUCAUCAUACUGGCCCUAGCAUUUCUCACCAUCGGGUCGGUGUUUUUCACUUGGAGACUAUACAAGGAAAGAUCCAGAGGGCAGAGGAGUGAAUUUGGCUCUAAAGAGAGACUUCUGGAGGAACUCAGGUGUAAAAAGACUGCAUUGCAUGAAGUUGACGUGACUCUGGAUCCAGACACAGCACACCCCCACCUCUUUCUGUAUGAGGAUUCAAAGUCAGUUCGCUUGGAAGACUCACGUCAGAUCGUGCCUGAUAGACCAGAGAGAUUUGACUCCUGGCCCUGUGUGUUAGGCCGAGAGACUUUCACUUCAGGGAGACAUUACUGGGAGGUGGAGGUGGGAGACAGAACUGACUGGGCCAUUGGUGUGUGUAGGGAGAAUGUGGUGAAGAAAGGGUUUGAUCCCAUGACUCCUGAUAAUGGGUUCUGGGCUGUGGAGUUAUAUGGAAAUGGAUACUGGGCCCUCACCCCACUCCGGACCCCUCUCCGAUUAGCAGGACCUCCUCGCCGGGUUGGGGUUUUUCUGGACUAUGAAUCAGGAGACAUUUCCUUCUACAACAUGAGUGAUGGCACUCUUAUCUAUACUUUCCCUAGCACCUCUUUCUCUGGCCCUCUCCGUCCCUUUUUUUGCCUGUGGUCAUGUGGUAAAAAGCCCCUGACCAUCUGUCCAGCUGCCAAUGCACCUGAGAAAGUCACAGUCAUUGCUAAUGUCCAGGAUACCAUUCCCUUGUCCCCGCUGGGGGAAGGCUCUGCUUCUGGAGAAACAGAUACUCUCCAUUCUAAACUGAUACCUUUCCCACCUAGACAAGUGGCACCUUAAUGAAUCUUCCAGCUCCACCAUCUCCCUCUCCUGCGACUACUCCCUCACACUCUGAAGCUUCAGUUGCGAGCUUCCUGCAGUCCUGUUUCUUCCUGGUCAUGGAGGUUAAUUCACCUUGGGAAGGUGGUAUGCUGCUGCUGGAGAAGGCAGGGAGAAAGGCUUUCCUAAUUUGUUUCUGUAUCAAUAUUGAGGAGAUUGAGAGGUGAUUCCUAAACUAUUUCUAGUGCCCAUAUCCCUUCAGAUCAGAGCCUACAUAGGAGGACUUGAUACAGUCACCUAAGAGACCAAGAGGCAAGUAGGUCAGCAUGAAAUUGUGGCAGCAGUGGAAUAGGGGUAUGUGGAAUGACAGAUUUUAGGCAAGGGGAAAACCAAACCAAACCACAGGAUGCUGGGAAAGGAAGAUCUUAGGCUAAAAACCCCAUAAAGAAAUUUAGAGAAGACAAGGCAGACACAGAUGAAGUAAACUUGGUCCGACUAGGUGCACUUGUCCUGUCCUAGAGUUUUCCAGGACUAUAUCUCAAACAUUUCUUAUUAAUUAAAUUUUGACAACUUCAUAUAAGUGUAUAAUGCAUUCUAAUUACUAUUACACUUCUCUAUUCUGUCUUAUUUCCCUCCCCUUCUCUCAUCAGCACCCCUUAUUUGCUCCAAAUAUGACACACUGAGUUUAGCAGAGCUAUCAUGGGAACAUGGAUUUGGAGCUAUCCACUGAAGUUUGGUGGGCUCAAGAGGACAGGUAUAAAAGAACACAGUGAUUUCUUCUCUCCCACAACCUAUCAGCCUCCAAUGGUUCAUUAUUUUUGUUAGUCUCAGCUGCAUGCUCCCUCAGCCUUCAUUGCAAUAUCCAACCACUUCACAGGCACCUUCAAUUCUCUUCCACUGCCAUUCUUUCCUGCAGGGUCCUUCCUGCAGGUAGAGUGGGGGAAGGGCUGGUCCAGCAGGCCUCUUCCAGGGGACUGAGUGGGAUGGUGAGUGUCCAUGACUCAGACCCUCCCCCCAUUAGUUACCAGGAAGAAAAAGAACACACACUGAGUCUGGAGUCUGUCGAAGCAGGAUCUCGAUUUAUUCCAACACACAGGAACUUAUAUAGGACUGAGGUAGGGGAUGGCAAUCUUGGGAUAGGGUAAGGUGACCUGAGGAGUUAAGGGACAAUAGUAUUCCCCCAAGCAGGCAGGUAGCUAGGCAGGGGGCAAUCUUGCAUCAGGUCUGUCUGAGUCACUGCCACAUGGAGGUUACAGGUUAGAGACAGGUCGCUAAACUCUAGCCAGGCUCAGGAGGUUACACUGGGCCUCACAUCCCAGCCUUUCUUAGGCCCAACACUUUUCCACUCUGUGCUAUUGCUUAAUGUAGCCUACUCAGCCUUCCUGAAUUCUGUUUUGUGUUAGGAUCCCCAGCGUUGCACCAUGAUGCUCAACACAGCUAGACCGUUUGUUUCUAUUUGAGUCUGCUCCAGUGUCCUGUUUGGGAUUUGUUUUGCCAAUGACCUGUGUUUGUAUCCAAGCUCUUGCAUUUCUAUUGUAUUUUUUUUCCAGGUUCCAGCAUGGAAGUUGUCCAUGGACUUUGUCAA